AUGUCUGACACCGACGAGAUGACCAUCAAUCUUCUCUUGGUUGGAAGGACCCAAAGUGGCAAAAGUGCUGCUGGGAAUAGCCUUCUGGGCAGCUUUGACUUUGACAGCCAUCUAUCCCCAAGCUCCGUGACCACAUGCUGCAGUCUCGGAUGCAGCUGCCGCAUCUCAGGCUUCACACGCCGAAAUGGCCAUGAGCUAGCCCUGCGGGUUCAUGUGAUGGACACACCAGGGUAUCCUCACAGCAGCCUGAGCAAAGAAGAGGUGCAGCAAGCGAUGAGGGCAGCUCUGGCUCAACACUUUGGAGAUGAGGGCCUUCACCUAGCACUCUUGGUCCUGAGAGCUGACUUGCCUCUUUGUGAGGAAGAAAGUCACACGAUUCAGCUAGUCCAGGAACUUCUGGGUCCCACAUGGAAAAACUUCACUGCAAUUCUAUUUACACAUGCAGACAAGGUAGAAGAGGCAGGAUUAAAUGGAGACAAAUACUUGCAUAUUGCCUCUGAUACCCUGUUAAACCUUUUGAGCUCAAUACAACAGAGAUACAUUUUUGUAGACAACCAGGCAAACACUCUCCAACAGGAAAGAAAAACAAUCUUAAGAAAAAUCAUGGAAUUUAUAAGACAAAAUAGUUACCAGGUGCUUCUAGUUAAAUAAAUGGAUGGUGACAAACACAAAUUACCUCUCAGGUACUCAUUUACUGACAGCCAUCUUCUUUUCUACUUUGGGAUAAAAUGACAUGCAGAGAUGAGGACUCUAGAAGUCAGCACUAA